GGUAGGCGGCUCUUUGUCGAAGCUAGAGGACCGGCAGGCGGCAGCAGCAACUACGGCGGCGGCGGCAGAACCCAGCAGUGAUGUGGAGGUGGAGACCCACCGGAGCCCCGGACUUCACCUGAGCUACCUCAGCAGUCACCAAGGGUGGCAAGAAAAAGAAGAAAGCCCUGAUUUGGGGGGGACCAGGAUGCCAGACCGGGACAACUAUGCGAACGGCACUGGGAACAGCGGUGGAGGCCCCAGCGGUGGUGGCGGCGAGGAGGCCAGUGGGGCAGGGGCAGGCAGUGGCGGGGCCAGCUCAGAUGCCAUAUGUAGAGACUUCCUGAGGAACGUGUGCAAGCGCGGCAAGCGUUGCCGCUAUCGUCACCCAGACAUGAGCGAGGUGUCCAACCUGGGAGUGAGCAAAAAUGAGUUCAUCUUCUGCCAUGACUUCCAGAACAAGGAGUGUAGCCGCCCCAACUGCCGAUUCAUCCACGGCUCCAAGGAGGAUGAAGAUGGCUAUAAGAAGACGGGAGAGCUUCCCCCGCGGCUCAGGCAGAAGGUGGCGGCUGGCCUGGGCCUCUCACCAGCUGACCUCCCCAAUGGCAAGGAGGAGGUUCCCAUCUGCCGGGACUUUCUCAAGGGGGACUGCCAGAGAGGAGCCAAGUGCAAGUUUCGUCAUCUGCAGCGGGAUUUUGAGUUUGAUGCUCGCGGUGGCGGAGGCGCUGGUGGUGGGGGCUCCGCGGGCCCGGUUCCCCCAGGACGACGUCAUGAUCUCUAUGAUAUCUACGACCUCCCUGACAGGGGCUUUGAGGACCAUGAGCCAGGCCCCAAGCGUCGGCGAGGUGGGUGCUGCCCCCCAGAUGGCCCCCAUUUUGAAUCCUAUGAAUAUAGCCUGGCUCCGCCUCGAGGAGUAGAGUGUAGACUGCUAGAGGAGGAGAAUGCCAUGCUCAGGAAGCGCGUAGAGGAGCUAAAGAAGCAGGUCAGCAACCUGCUGGCUACCAAUGAGGUACUGCUGGAACAAAAUGCCCAGUUCCGAAAUCAGGCCAAGGUCAUGACCCUGAGCUCUACCGCACCAGCAACUGAGCAGACUCUGGCCCCCACUGUGGGCACUGUCGCCACUUUUAACCAUGGCAUUGCCCAGACUCACACUACUCUCAGUAGCCAGGCCCUACAGCCUCGCCCCGUGUCCCAGCAAGAACUGGUGGCCCCUGCUGGAGCUCCAGCCGCCCCCCCAACAAAUGCUGCCCCUCCUGCUGCUCCACCACCCCCGCCCCCACACUUGAACCCAGAGAUCACACCACUGUCAGCUGCUCUGGCUCAGACAAUUGCCCAGGGAAUGGCACCCCCACCUGUCUCCAUGGCUCCUGUGGCUGUGUCUGUGGCCCCCGUGGCCCCUGUGGCCGUCUCCAUGGCCCAGCCCUUGGCAGGAAUCACAAUGAGCCACACCACCACUCCCAUGGUGACUUACCCCAUCGCUUCCCAGAGCAUGCGUAUCACAGCCAUGCCACACUGAUGGGGCUCACGGACAUUCCCCUGGUAUUGUCUCCCGGGGCUAGGAUCAAGGGUCCUUACCCGCUCUCCUAGCUCUCCAGGCUCUGUCUGAAGGGCUCAUUCAAGAACUAGGACAAGAGACUACAAGGAGUUUGCUUCUGAGAAGGAGCUGAGCAGGUGUUUUGUCUCACUCCCCUUUUCUGAGGGUCCUCUUGUCCAUCUCCUUCAAGCCUCACAGAAGGGGCUUGUGUAGGCGACUGAAGCCAGCAGAGAGGAAGGACUGACUGAGGGGCCCCGUGUCCCCUGAUGGGAAGUUGGGGACAUCCCUGUCUUGUCCCUCUUCUGCACAGCCCAGGUUUCAGCACUGGCAUGGAAGAAAACACAUGCAGCCCAGAGGGAAAGCCAGAAAAGAUUGGGAAGCAGGUGGCCGGGAGAGAAGGCCUGAUAGGAACCUUCAGACAAUGUUGGGCCUAGUUGAGUUGGACAAUACAGGAACUGCUCCUGGGCCCCUGGGAAGGCGGGGACCAUAGUGCUCCAGCCCAAAAGAUGAGGGGAACAUUCAUUACCUUGGUUUGGCCUGGAAAUCCAUAGGGCAGGGCCCACCACUUUCCAAAGAAAUAAAAGAACAAUUAUUUUUAACAAAUGGAGGCAGUUGCUUAGCGAUUGUGUGGAAUAUGGGAACAGGAACUAGAACUCAUGGCAGGAUGGGAUAAAGACGUAGCUCUCCGAAUGGGUAAGGACGGCUAGAGACCAGUGAAAAGGGAACCAGAACCCCGGACAAGACAAAAUGGGGCUCUGGGGGAAGGCACUUUGUGGGUAACAGAAUUAUAGUCACCUAAUCUAGUUUAAAAAUAGUCCCAUCUGUUUCUGAUUUCUAUCUGCAUGUACUAUUCCCAGGUUGCCUUAGUAACCAGGGCUCUUAGGGUCAUUCAGGGGGGCAGGUACUAAGGAAGGGUGUGUGUGCUGGGAAGCGAGAAUGGGAUAUGUAUUAAAAGAUCGUCCCCUUAUUCAAACAGCUGAGCAGGUGGCAUUUUGCUCUCUUGAGUGUUGAUGGCAGUGUCCCUCCUAACCCAUCCCUUUCUCAGUUACCAGUGCCUUAAGCCUUCAGGCUUGGGAGCUGCUGGGAGAAGGAGAGUUCUUCUGGGGACACAAGCACAGGUUUACCUCUUACAUCCUUCCCUCACAUAGGACCAGAGUUUUAAGUCAAGUCAUUAGGGCCAGAAACCUCAGUCAUCGGUCCUCCGUUCUUCCUCAGCUCAUGGCUGAUGUACACGAAAUAACUCAGGUGUCUAGUCUAAUGGGGGUGGAGAAAGUGAUCCUGAAUGUGUGUGUGCGUAGGUGUUCGCCAUCAUCUCUCCAGCAACCUCUUGCUCUCUUACUUGGUUGAUACUCAGGCCGACACCUGGGGUGGGAGGUAGUGGCUGGUCAUUUGAGUGAGCGAGUCAGUGCCUGCGUGUGUGUUCCCCCCAUCAUACCUCCAGAUCUCUCUUGCUCUCUACCUGAUCGAUACUCAAACCAACACCUGGAGUGGGAGAUUGUGUGUGUGUGGGGGGGGGUGCUGGUCGUUAGAGAUUGUGUGUGUGUGUGUGUGUGUGUGUGUGUGUGUGUGGUCCCCCAUUAUAUCUCCAGCUACCUCUUUUUCUCUUACCUGAUUGACACUCAGGCCAACACCUGGGGUGGGAGGUUGUGGGCUGGUCAUUAAGACUAGUCAUUGAAAAACAAAAAGGGCCUAAAAUUUAAAAGUGAAAAACACUGAGAUAUUGUUUGUGGAUUUUAGAAACCACGCAUUGACAAGCUUAUGUUGAUUCUCUGGCUCAAUUCUAGAUUAAAAAUUGGAUUAUGAACAUUACAAACUUGAUUGUAAAUAAGCAAUAUGAAUUCAUUCACGCCAAAACCUAACUUUGCUUUUUGCCAAAUAUGUCUGAAGCGGUAGAUUUGGGGAAACCAGAUCUCUAUGUUAUAUGCUCUUGAUUAAUAUACUUCAGCUCGAAACCACCAGGCAUGGGCCUGGGGCUUGUGGUGUGUUACAGCAAGAGGCUAUUAGGCCAGCGAGAUAACACAACAAGUAAGGCACUUGCCUUGCACAUGGCUAACCUGGGCUCAAUACCUGGACCCCCAUAUGUUCCUCUGGUCCCGCUAGAGUGAUCCCCUGGGCACCACUGGGUGUGGCCCAAAAACAAAGGUAUUAGAACAUACAGGAUUUGGACUUUGGUUAAGUGAUUUGGAGUCAGCGGGACUUCACAUUGGAUUGGGUGUUAUUAAGGAAAGCAGGAUACUUUAUCUUAUCUAGAAAAGGCAGAAUAGCAUAAAGCUGGAGCCAUUUGCUCUAUUGGUGAUUGGUAAGAAAGCAGCGAGCAUUCAGCUGGGAGAGGGGGUUGUUUGCUCUUCAGUAGUUUGCACAGAUUUUUUUUUCUCUUAAUAUUGUGAAAUGAUUGUGGUUUUUGCCUCACUUAAUAAUAGUCACUGAGUGACUCUGCUGUGAAAGCUUUGUAAGAUUGUCUCCACCCAAAGAACAUCGUUUCCUAGCUGUGUUAACCCCUGACUCCUAGCGACACCAAAGCCUGGUUGUCAGGACAGUUCCCAGAAAUAAGGAGCAGCUUGCUUCUUUCUCAUCUUUUUCACUGCAGAUCAGAGAAUAAUUACAGUCAAUGGUAGAGUUUGAUGGAAUCAAAACAGCAUUUGUGCAUUUUUUUAAGGAUAAAAUAUAAAAAUCUGUGUUAACAGAGACAAUGUAACUUUGUUGACUAAUCCAAGUAUUGAUCCUGCCCCCCUAAAAUUUGCUUGUAUUUGUCUGAGGGAAAAAAAAUGCGGAAUCUACAUGAGUAUAACACAGGACUUUCAAUUGGUUACAAAAUGGGGGCUGUAUAGAGAAAGAGUAUAACAGGUAGGGUGUUUGCCUUACACACGACAGGCCCACAUGCUCCCGUAGCCCUCCAGGAGCUAGCCUAAGCAGUGUUUGGGUGUGUCCUCCCACCCCGCCCCCCCAAGAAAGGACCAGAGAGGAGGUGGGACAUUCCCUUUGUACACGGCUGACCCAGGUUUGAUUCCCAGCACCACAUGGUCCCCUGAACACACUGGGUGUGGCCCAGAAGCCAAAACAAAACACCAGGGCUGAAGAGAGAAUACAGGGACCCCUGUAGGGCUCAUUCCUUGAAUGCAGCUGAUUCAGUUUCCAUCCCCAACCUCCCAUAUGGUCCCCUAAGCACCAGCAAGAGUGAUCCCUAAGCAUCACUGGGCGUGAUCCCAAAACAAAAAAUGGUUACAAAACAUGAAAGUUAUAAAAAUUCAAAUUUUGGGUCCCAGGCGCUAGUUCACAGGCCUGGAGUGUGUGCUUUGCAUGGAAGAAGAGGCCCGGUUCAGUUCCUCGGCUGCAUGGUCCUCUAAGUACCUCCAAGAACAACCCCAGCACCACUCUGGAAGAGGCCCUCAGCACCGCCUGGUGUAGCUCCAAAGCCAGAGGACAAAAAAAAAAACAAAACCAACAAAAUAGAUGGUACUUACGAGAGGUUCCCCUGAAACAGCAAAACUGCUAUAUUUAUAAUGCAUGGGGCACGGAGAUGGUUCAAAGGGCUUCAGGUUUGUUUGCUGAAGGCCUGGGUUUAAUCCCUCAUAUCACUGGUCCCUUGAGCACCUCUCCAGGUGUGGCUACAAAACAAAGCAAUGCUUGGCUACAGUUCUCUUACUCUCAUUUUUAUUUGGCCGGGGUGGCGGUUGGCUUCAUUCUGUGGUACUCAAGUCUUACUCCUGGCUCUGGACUCAGGGGUCAUUUUUUUUUUUCUUCUUGGGUCACACCUGGCGAUGCACAGGGGUUACUCCUGGCUAUACACUCAGGAAUUACUCCUGGCAGUGCUCAGGGAUGCUGGGGAUCAAACCUAGGUUGGCCGCGUGCAAAGCAAACGCCCUACCCGCUGUGCUAUUGCUCCAGCCUCUCAGGGGUCACUCUUGGUGGUGCUCAGGCGACCACAUGUGGUGUGAGGGAUCAAACCACUGUUGACCAUGUACAAGGAAAGUGCUUUAUCCCCUGUACUAUCUCUCUAGCCCUGAUAUGUCAUUUUUAAAGAUGGCAAUUGACAAAUCAGUGGAGUAGCUGGAAAUAAAGAUUAAAGGGAAACCUAAUUUCUUCAAAUAUUGGAAGGACUACUCAGUGCAUGAAAAGUCUUGCAUAUGAGGCCAGAGGGAUAGGACAGUAGGUGGGGUGCUUGUGUUAUAUGUGGCAGACCCAGAUUUGAUUCCUUAGCACUGUAUGGUCCCCCCGAGCCUGCAAGGAGUGAUUUCCUGAGCACUGUUGGAUAUGGCCCAAAAACAAAGCAAAAAAGAAAAUUCUUUUUUUUUUUCUUUUUGGGUCACACCUGACGAUGCUCAGGGGUUUCUCCUGGCUAGGCACUCAGGAAUUACUCCUGGUGGUACUCGGGGAACCUUACGGGAUGCCGGGGAUUGAACCUGGGUUGGCCACGUGCAAGGCAAACACCCUACCUGCUAUACUAUCGCUCAGGCCCCAAAAGAAAAUUCUUUCAUAGGAAAUUAUUGGGGUUCUAGAAUAAUAGUUAACAGUUAAUAAUAGUUAACAAUUGACAUUUAUUAAAUACCUAAUAGAAGCCCAAGGCACUGUACUAAAUAUGGUACAUACAAUUUCUUAUUGAUACAAUGGGUAUUGUUUUGCAAAGAAGAAAUCACCCAUUUUCCACAACUUAACAGGCAUGGAGUCAGGAGUCUGUUCACACAUUCUGAUCCAGAUUUUGUAUGAAGAGUUCCUUUGUUUUUAUUUUUCAUUUUGUUUUGUUUUUGGGCCACACCCAAGGAUGCUCAGGGUUUACUUCUGGCUCUAAGACACUCAGAAAUUACUCCUGCUGGUGGUGCUCGGGAACCAUAUGGGAUGCCGAGGAUCAAACCCAGGUCGGCUGUGUGCAAGACAAGCGCCCUACCUACUGUACUCUCCAGCCCCAGUAUAGGAAGUUUUGAUAAAGCCAUCCAACAGUGAGACCGCUACUUUGCAGGAACUUUUUAGGAAUGAUAGAGAAGAAAUUCCCUCAAAUCCUGUUUCCCCCUUUCAUUUUGGAGAGUAGGCUGGGACAAGAUUAUCACAUCCAACCCUCUGCCUCCCCAAGGAAGGAAUUAUAAUUGACAUAUAAAUGCAGAUUGCAAGUAGAGGAAAUCUCCAGUCUCCUUCAGACCCCUCUAACCAAUUGGGCCAUUCUAUUUUUUUUUUUCCCCCUGUUACCCACUUACUGCAUGUCACCACCAGGUGGCACCUGGGCAACAGAAUUGUCAAUGAGCAGGGACCCACCCUGUUUACUUGUUCUGGUGCCUGCAUUGCAGCAGCUGAUCCUGUGGCUCCAGUGUCCCAGCUCUGAAGAGCCCUUCCGGAGGAUAAGGUUUCAUCCCCACACACGGUCUUCAGGAGGAGGGUCCGUUGAUUUCUGUGGGGUGAGAAAAGGGAGAAGUUUGGAAAGAAACGUCCUAGAUCAUCCUUUCGGUUCCCUGGCAUAAGAAAGCCGCCUCCACCUACUCCUGUGCUUAGCAAAUUGCAAUUUACAAAGGCUGUCCUCUAAGGACGUUAUCCGUUUUCCUGCAACAGUUCUGCUUCAGCUGUCAAGCAAGCAGAUCUUCCUUAUGUCCUCUAAACUCCUCGAGCUCCCUUUAUACUUGUAAACAUUUGACGUUUGGAGAACACACAAGAUAAAAAGAAAAUUGUUUCUUGAGGCUGGAGGUGUGCUUUGCAUGUGUGAAGCUCAACUUUUUCAGGUGGGGUUUCUUGGCAGUUCAGCAACUCUCAAGGGCCCAUGGAUGCAAUGCCACAAGGGUCUUGCAGUGCCAGAGAUUGCGUGGACCACCCCAGUGGUGCCGGGGCAACAGGGCUAUAGCCAGUGGUGCUCCACUAUUGCAUUUGGCAGACCAUGGGGACCAUAUGGUGCCAGGGACUGAACCAGAAUUGGCCACAUUAAGGUACAUACCUUUAACCACUGUACUGUCUCAAGGCUCUAGGUUUGGUGCCCGGCACCUCCAAAAAAGAAAAAGAAAUGAUUGUUCCUUUAAGCAGAGGAGAUAGGUGUUGGGUAUAUAGGUUCCAAGUUCAGUCCCCAACACAGUGCUGGGGUGACUCUUUGGUCCUAGCAGUACUGUAGUCAAGGCCUUUUGCAUUAAAUUGUCCAUCGCAAUUGGCCAAAUAUCAUUCAAGUAUUCCCUGAGCACUGCUUGGGAGCUUACCCCGCUAAAAGAGAAAAUAAGAAAACUGUUCUGCACAGUUCUGCAAUUGAAGCGAAGCAAUCUAGGACACGGCACCAGAGAAAUAGAGAAAAGGAAAUGAGAAAAUUUCAGAUUAAGGAAGACUGGUUAGGGAUGGCUUUUAUUUUUUGGAUUUGGGCCACACCCGGUAGGGCUGGGCUCCAGGAGGCUCGGUAGGAUGGAACCUAGAGCUCCAGUAUGCAAAGCAUGUACUCUAGCCCUCUGAUUUAUCUCCCCAGUCCUGCAGAGGGAUUGGUUUUAAGCAGCUCUGAUGAAAUACAACCUGAUAUAAUCUAUGCCCUGAAGAGCUAGAUAUAAUUUACCAGCUCUUGAUCUAAUCUCUUCCUGUCAUCCCUAGUUCCCCUUCUUCAUCAGAGAGAGACUAACACAGCCCCAUAUAUACAGCAUUAUAAAGUAACCAUCUGCCUUAACCCCUCCUCCUGGUGGUCUAGUUUCUAAGUCUCUGAACAGCACCUCUGUAAGUCCAGUUUCUGUAAUAAUCAGUAGUCAACAAGGUCCUUGGUCUUUUCCCUUUCUAGAUCUACAGUGUAAUGUAGAACUGCAUUAGUUCUACCCCUAUAUUUCAAAUCCUAACUCAUCAAAUGAAUUAGGAGUACCUCUCAAUCAUUUUGGUUUGUUGUUUCAGCGGCCUGGCAGCCUAUCACUUUUUCUUUUGGGGUCACACCCAGCGAUGCUCAGAGAAGUAACUCCUGGCUAAGCAUUCAGGAGUUACUCCUAAAGGUGUUUAGAUACUAAACCUGUGUCUGCUGUGCGCAAGGCAAGAGUCCUACCUACCAUGCUAUCUCUCUAGCUCCAGUAUAUUAGUUUUUUUUCCUCGGGUCACACCUGGCGAUGCACAGGGAUCACUCCUGGCUCUGCACUCAGGAAUUACCCCUGGCGGUGCUCAGGGAACCCUAUGGGAUGCUGGGAAUUGAACCUGGGCCAGCCGGGUGCAAGGCAAACGCCCUACCCGCUGUGCUAUCACUCCAGCCCCGAGUUUACUAGUUUUUAAGGCCGUGGCAGCAAAGACUCGGGCAUUCUGGGCUCAGUGCUCCGGGGCACUAUGUAGUACUGGAGAUCAAACCUGGACCUCUGGCACGCAAAGCAUGUGCACUAGCUCUCUGAGCGGUCUCCCAGGCCCAAUCUAGCAGUUAUUCAGGGUCCCAAAGUUCUUGGAGGGGUUGGAGUGGCUAGGGUGCUUUCCUUGCAUGUGGCUGACUCAAGUUUGUUCCACAGCAGCCCAUAUGGUCCUCUGAGGAAAUCUAAAGUGAUCCCUGAACUCAGAGCCAGGAGUGAGCCCCAAGUACUACCAUGAGCGGCCUCCCAAAACAAAACAACCCCCUUCACAACACAGACACACACACACAAAAGAGACAGGAAAAGAGACAAAAAACAGACCAUUCCUGCUUUUGAAGCCAAUUCGUCUUUUUUUUUUUUUUUUGAGGCGGCAGGAUCAGAUUUGGGGCCUCACAAUAUCCCUGGCCUUCAGAACCAACUUAAGUCAAUGUGCCAUGAUGGAGAUUUCCAAAAUGAAAUAAAACUUUAUUUCCUGAUUGCUGUUUUUCUCUUCCCUUUAAGCCUACAUUAUUUCUAGUUGCCUGUGUAAUUCUUAAGAUUCUCACAUUAACUCUAGUCUCUAUUACAGCACAAAGUGGAGGGUUGGGGACAGGAAAGAGAGGCUGUCAUCAAAUACUUUCGAUCCAAAUAGGGUAAUUUCCUUUUCCUUCUGUGAGAACUGCCUGGAAAAAAAACUGAUGCGGAAUGUGCCUGGAAUAUUAAAGCUAGAGAAAGUUGACAAAAUGAAUAUGUAGGAAUUCUUGCCAAAUCCUGCCAAACCGUUCGAAUGGAGUAUAAGGAAAUCCUGACCCUCCACAACUCUU